AUGGGUCAAUUUCGUUUAGCUGAAACCGAAAUAGUAAAUAUGCAAGUGAGAUGAGCGUAGUGGUGUAAAGCGUAACAGUAAUAGUAUCGUGAAUAUCGCACCGGAAUCUUUGAAUGUGUGACUGCUGAUAUAAAAACGUGCUUCGGAGGUUUCCUCACGCAAACACGGAUGAUGACCGACAACUUUGACCGAACACCAGGGGCUGGUCGAGUCCGAGGAAAACCCACCAGCCCCGGCCUUGGGGAGGUAUUCAGUCCGCCACAUCCCGAGAUAGGAGAUGGUGACGCUAAACCUUCAAUCUUCAACCAGUGUGAACCUCUCAGACAGCCUCGGACGUCGCCGCCGUUGUUGGAAGGCAGCGCUCCAGGAGGCGGGGACAGUAGAAGACCGACGAAAACCAAAUCAAACGCUACACAGACUCCAAACAGUACUUCUACCGCCUUAAAAUUGCACAGUGAUGAUGUAGCGGGGAGCUCCAAACUAUCAGUGAACGCACCGGAGUUUUACCCGUCCUCCUACACAUAUGAGGAAUUGGAAUAUGAGGACAGCAGCGAUGGCUACUACCCUCCAUCUACGCUGGCUGAAUUGGUGCAAGAAAUCCUCAGUCACCUCAACUCCUCUCCGGGCUCGUUUGAGUUUGACAUCGAGAACAUCACUGCCACCCUGAAUGAGUGGGUGACCACAGAGGAAACACUGGUGGAGCUGGUGGAACUUAUCUAUACCCAAUCCACCUCCAUCCCCAACUUCGCUUACACUGGGGCGAGGCUUUGUAAUCAUCUCUCUCAUAACUUGGCACUCUCCCCAGCCAGUGGAAAUUUUCGUCAGCUUUUGUUGAAGAGGUGUCGAACUGAGUAUGAGCAGAGGGAUCAGGCCGUUCGUGGGGAUGAGGAGACGCAGAAAAAGUUUCACUCAUAUGUGCUGUUCUUGGGAGAGUUGUACUUAAACCUUGAGGUAAAAAGUCCUAAAGGACCUCCAACUAGAGCAGUGAUUUUGCUCACUGCUCUGAAGGAUUUGUCGAUCGCACUCAUGUCCAAUCCUGUGGAUGGCAACCUUAUUUGUGCAGUGAAACUGUUGAAGCUGACAGGUUCUGUGCUGGAGGAUGCCUGGAAAGAGACUGGAAAGUCGGACAUGGACGAGCUUGUCCAGAGAAUCGAGAAUGUUGUGCUGGAUGCUACCUGUAGCAGUAGGGAUGUGAAGCAGAUGCUGCUGCGGCUGGUGGAGCUGAGGUCAAGUAACUGGGGCCGAGUCCACGCGGCAUCUGCCUCCAGUGAGGCCACGCCUGACAACGAUCCAAACUACUUCAUGAAUGAGCCGACAUUCUACACUGCAGAUGGCACUCCAUUCACAGCCGCAGAUCCAGACUAUUCAGAGAAGUACCAGGAGAUACUGGAUAGAGAGGGCUACGACGACUAUGAAGAAAAUGGAAACGAUUUUGACAGCGAAGACGACGACGAGAUGGAUCCUGAAAUUGAGGAGGCUUUCGAAAAGUUCUGCCUGGAGUCGGAGAGAAAAAAGAAAUCGUAAUGUGAAAUAUUUUUAAGGACUGUGGACAAGCUCAUCUAUCUUAUGUUUGACCUGCUGGAUUGUUUUCGACUGGAAACAAAAAAUCAAAACAAAGACGAAACUGUUUUUAGUUAAAUCUUUUUUUUUUCUGUAGAGUUCAGUGUGGAUCUAGCACUUAAUAGCGGUUAUGUUGCCGAUUUUAAUGGCCGGGAUUUCUGUUUUUAAGAUGCGGCAAUCAACGUCCAUCGUGCAGUUACACUGUGCCCAACAGUUCGAAGUUCGACACUGAUUGGAAAGUUCAUUAUUUGUUUCGAUUGUCGAACUUUGUCUCUGCAUGCUAGGAGAGAAGUGUGGAGUGAGGUUUUUAAACUAAACAACUGGGAAGCAUCAUCAACUGUGUGCGUGUGUAGUUUGAGAUUGCUUACUAACUGCUUCUAUUUGAAACAAAUACACCCAAAGAAAGUUUGGCUACAGUGGCGGAUUACCCUGUUCAUCAGUUUCAUUACACACUUCACUAAGAUGGGUACUCAGUCAGUUAAGCAUUGUGGUCAGACUCCCUUGGACAUGCAGUUAAUGUAAGACAAGUCUUACAGAGACACAAGUAGAGAGCUUUAAAGUUUAAAGUAAAGUUGGUUGUGGGAUUGUUUGACAACUUGGAAGUUGUUGAACAAAAGGAAUGGUUUUAUUUUAUUUUUUUGUUCUUCCUUUUCAGGUUCAACUGAACUCUUAUUCAGUUAGAAUCUUUGGCACUGCUGGUCAAGAGAAAUAUCAGCCUGAGUUCGUUUAUAAGUUAUUUUAAUUUUGAAUCUUACCUGUGAAAUAUUGCUCCGAAUUGCACAGUUUGCCAGUUUUAAAUAAGCAGAAACUGCAAUUGUACAAGGUGGAUUCGCUUAAAUCACCUGUUAUUGUUUAUACGGUAUACCAUCAUACGAAUCCCAUGCAAACGAAUGUUAUUUUAUAGUUUUUUGUAAAUAUUAUUUACAGUAUUGGUUGCCUGCAAUAAAUCUUUAUAAAAGAUU